CUUCGUCUGCCACCCGCGUAUUUUAUAAGACUUGUAUAAUGAGGCCAUCUGCAGUUCCAUUAUUGAAUAUACUGGUGCCCGUGAAGAGGUGUAUCGACUACACAGUGAAGAUUCGCGUGAACCCACAACAGACCGGAGUUGACACCAAUGUCAAGCAUUCCAUGAAUCCAUUCGAUGAAAUUGCUGUAGAAGAAGCAGUGCGGCUUCGGGAACGAUUAAAGGAACACGUCAAAUCUAUCAAGGCUCUGACCAUCGGUCCACCAAAAGCUGUUGAUACAUUGCGGACAGCAUUGGCAAUUGGUGCAGACGCCGCUAUUCAUGUUGAAGUUCCAGAGAGCGCAGCCCCUCCGGAACCACUGGCCGUUGCCAAGGUCAUCCGCGCGGUCAUCGAGAAGCAAAAAGAGUCUGGCGGCGUGGACUUGGUCAUCAUGGGAAAGCAGGCGAUUGAUGACGAUGCAGGCCAGACUGGCCAAAUCCUUGCUGGCUUACUUGAUUGGCCUCAAGCAACGUUUGCGAGCAAGGUCACUGUAGAUGUAGACAAGAAGACAGCAAAUGUUGUGAGAGAAAUAGAUGGCGGGCUACAGGAGGUCAAAUGCAACCUACCCCUCGUCGUUACUACGGAUCUUCGAUUAAACGAACCCCGAUAUGCUUCGCUCCCGAAUAUUAUGAAGGCUAAAAAGAAGCCCAUCGAGAAGUUAUCGGCCUCCGACUUGGGUGUUGAUCUUUCCCCGCGAUUGGAAACUAUUCGAGUUUCAGAGCCUCCCAAGCGGGUUGGUGGAGGGAAGGUUUCUAGUGUUGAAGAACUUGUGGCAAAAUUGAAGGAGGCGGGAGUUGUCCCAACAUAGAUCGUAACACUGUUCGUGAAAUUCGGCUAAUCGGCAUCUGAACUGAUUGUUCUCAGUUAGAGCGCUUGUAGUUUAGUAUAGCUGCACACCAUUUGAUACAUACGGCAUGCGCACUUGUCAAUGCGUGAUUUACGGAUUUCCACCACAGGUGCUGACGUUUAUCCCAGAAUCACCUUAUUUCUAUACUGAGGCAUCAUACAAAUAUGAUGCUUGACGACUACUCGCUCUAAUUACUGCAUUCCCUUCAUCAAAGCUCUGCGUUGCUAGUAUUCAAGAUCAAAAUCAAUUCAUCACGCGCGCGAUUGAUCGCUUUCCCCGUGCUUUGAGCACGAUUGAACCCAGAAUAUCUCGCGUACUCUGUUUUUCAGAAGAUUUACGUUUUUGCUGUGCAUGCCUCGCCAUAGUGCUAAUCCAUCUCGUUACCCAAUAGGCCGAUGAACUGUAACACCUUCAACC